AUCACGCCCCUUUCAUAGAGGAUGCCACUGAGUCCACCUGGAGGAACUUCCUGGGGUCGCCCCAUACCUGCCUCCGACUAACCCUACUGCCCCACAGAGGGGCCCCCACAGGACAGUCCCCGGCAGAGAGCCCCAACAGCCACGAGGCUGCCCUUCCUGGCCUCUCGUCACCGUGUGGCUCCAGCUGGGGCCUGGAUUCUGUUUUACAACAUCUGCUUUCCGCAGCAUUUCCGCCCCGUAGGCUGGAGAACAGCCUGCGCUGAGCAGAACGCGGGCCUGGCCGGUGCCCAGAGCCACCCCCCGGCCAGCCCGGGAACUGAGCUGCCUUUCUUCCUGCCGCGGCGGAGGGGAACUGAAGGGACUUUGUGUGUGGGCACAGUUCGGCGGGGCGGUGAGCAUCCGUCCGUCCGGGGCAUUCCUGCUGGCCCCCAUCACCCUCAGAGCCAGGUGUGGGCUACCCGGGAGGGCAGAAGGCUGGCCACUGGGCUGGGAGCCAAAGAUGGGACCCAGUCCAGCUCAGCCCCAGCCCCCAGGGCUGCCCCUGGCGGGGUCCCACUCCUAGUGCCCUCGAACCUACAUGAACCUGGGGGCUUCUGGGAGUGGGGGCAGGGCCCAGAGAGUGAGAAAAAGGCAAAGGUCCCUGUUCAGCCUCCGCAUUCCCAUGGAAACCUCAAAGCAGUUCUGGCCGGGGGCGCAGCCUGAGAGACAGCCGGCAAUGCUUCCCUCUUCACUCAGAGGCGCCCACACCAAGAUCUCUCUCGCCAGUUGCUCGUCUGGCUUCCAGGGGACAGCAGAGGCCUUGGGGACACGUCCUUGGACUGUGCAUCCCUGGACCCAGCAGCCCUCAUCCCAGCUCCGCUCAGUCCAGGCAGAAAAGCCAAGGGUUCUUCACGUUGCCUCUCCCACUGGAACCCAGAGCCAGCUUGGGCAGCUGUCCCCGUCCCACAAGGGUCACUCACCCGGUGCAUGGCACCGUUCCUCCCAAGGCCAGCAGAAAUCCUGCAGAGCUGGUCCCGAUGUCUGCUACCUACAUAUCUGUUUCAGAGACUCACCUGUCAAGAUGUGUCCCCAUACCACUACGUCUGGCAAGCCCAGCUCCUAUAGCCAGCUUGGAUGCUCCUCCUCCAGGAAGCCCUCCCUGCCUGACCCUCUGCACCCUCUUCUUCCUUCGACGUGGUGCUGCUAUUGGAAGUGGUCUCCGUGGAUCCCCAGACCUGACCACAGGCAGAGCUGGCCUGGCCCUGGGUCCUCUGGGCCACUGACUGUGGUGCACCCUUUCCUCAGAGGCUCAGCCUCUGUCUGCUUGGUGGCGGGUUGAUCACCCCUGGCCACUGCCCUUAUGAUCCUGCUCAGUGUCCCACUUCCCUGUCAUGUGAUGGAUGGGCAGCUGUUUGGGGCUCAGCUGGGUCCCCAGUGCCCAGCAUCAGCGCCAGCACAGAGACAGAAGCUGCUGGACUCACUGGCAGAGACCUGGGACUUCUUCUUCAGUGACGUGCUGCCCAUGCUGCAGGCCAUCUUCUACCCGGUGCAGGGCAAGGAGCCAUCGGUGCGCCAGCUGGCCCUGCUGCACUUCCGGAAUGCCAUCACCCUCAGUGUGAAGCUAGAGGAUGCGCUGGCCCGGGCCCACGCCCGCGUGCCCCCUGCCAUCGUGCAGAUGCUGCUGGUGCUGCAGGGGGUACAUGAGUCCAGGGGCGUGACUGAGGACUACCUGCGCCUGGAGACGCUGGUCCAGAAGGUGGUGUCGCCAUACCUGGGCACCUACGGCCUCCACUCCAGCGAGGGGCCCUUCACCCAUUCCUGCAUCCUGGAAAAGCGCCUCCUCCGCCGCUCCCGCUCAGGGGACGUGCUGGCCAAGAACCCCGUGGUGCGCUCCAAGAGCUACAACACGCCUCUGCUGAACCCCGUGCAGGAGCACGAGGCGGAGGGCGCGGCGGCCGGCGGCACCAGCAUCCGCAGGCACUCUGUGUCGGAGAUGACGUCCUGCCCCGAGCCUCAGGGCUUCUCCGACCCGCCCGGCCAGGGCCCCACCGGGACCUUCAGGUCCUCCCCGGCGCCCCACUCAGGGCCCUGCCCCAGCAGACUGUACCCCACGACCCAGCCCCCUGAGCAGGGCUUGGAUCCCACCCGCAGCUCCCUGCCCCGCUCCAGCCCGGAGAACCUGGUGGACCAGAUCCUGGAGUCCGUGGACUCGGAUUCUGAAGGGAUUUUCAUUGACUUUGGCCGGGGCCGGGGCUCUGGCAUGUCCGACUUGGAGGGCUCUGGGGGCCGGCAGAGUGUCGUGUGAGGCCUCACAGCUGGCCUUGAGUUUUUACUGACACGUCCCUGUGUGCGGGGGUGUCCAUGUGGCGUGUGUGUGAGUGAGACUUUUUUACUGCGUCCCGUCCCGCCAGCCCUGUCGGCCUCGUCACUGGCCUCGGUCACUUUGUAUUUCUGUCUUGUUUGGAAAUACCAUCAGCCUUCCUUGCUCGGCCCAGGUCUGUUUCAGGCAUCUGAGUCGGCGUUUACCCAGGGGCCGGGUCAGAGACGGGGGUCGGCCGCUCGCUCCCACGCUCCUCCUGCCCCAGCCCUCUGGUGUCCACACCUGCCCACAGAGAAUGUGAACCCAGUGGGCUCUGCCCACGCCGGGCCCCAAAGUGACCAGACUCCAGCACACCUGUCUCCUCCUGCCUGGGGUGGCCAUGGGGUUGGAAGGGGGUGGAAUAAAACCUGUCAACCUGG